UUGUUGGCGAGGAUUUUGCCAGGCCACUGUUCGAUACACAUGCUGUUCGAUUUCCGGCGUAACAAGGAUAGCCCCCAAGGGGCGCUUCAUUCAUUAUAAGAUAACUGCAAAGUCACAGUAUGAUGCACGCCAGGCGUGAAAGGGCCGAGUGGUAUAGAAAGGGCCACCUAUUUCCUCACCGAGGAACUUGAUGCCCAUGGAAAGCAUGGACAGCUCCCAAUCUGAGUCUGGAACACCACGUUCCUCAGAGCAAACGGUCGAGGAGUCCAGCUCGCCGCUUACAAUACGCGUGGAGGCUCUUCCUUGCAAUCGCAAUGACUCCACUACUUCGGACUGGAUGUCUCGAUAUGCUCGGCGCAAUAAAGCAGCAGCAGCACGGGACCGUAAGCCACUCACCACGCAGCGGACCUUCGCCAUUAAGGAGGUCCUGCGCAAGGGCACGGACGACCUGCCGGCCCACACGCGCAUGGGCGACCAGGUGGUGUCCAAGGUGCUGCUGCUCACACGCUGGAAGUGGAAGGCGCGGCGGCUGGCCAACGCGCGGGGGUUCAGCAUGGCCACGCGGCGGCCAUGGCUGCGGCACCUGCAGGAUCUCACGGAGCACAACGUGGGGGUCAUGGGGGCGGGGCUGGAGUACGACGGAGUGACGCCGCAUGUGAACCUGAUCCUGCAGAAAGCGCGAGCGGAGCAAGAGCGGCGCAUCUCGGCAGCCAUCCGGCUGCACAUGCAGAGCUUCACGCCGUUGGACGCGAUCCGUGCUCGCGUGAAUGCCGCCAUGCGCGGUGUGCAGCUGUGGAACCCGGAUGGGACGCUGAGGGAGGAUCCGGUGCCAACCGAGGAGUCCGAAUCGGAGCCAGGCCAGCAGUCAGGGGAUGGAGCCGCGCCUGCUCACGGUGUUGAGGUGCACGCUCCAGCGCACUACUCCGAGCGGUUCCGGUACCUAUUCGGCCAUGGCUAUGAUGGCUUUGACAAGGGUACCCCGGCUGACAUGGAGGCGGCAGCGGCUGCUGCGGCUGCAGCAGCUGCCAGCGAGAGUGACGUCGCGGCUGCCGACGCCGCGGCUGCAGCAGCAGCGGCCGCAGGUGCGGCGGCCGCGGAGGCAAGUGCUACUGCGGACGCUGCUGCUGCCGCAGCGGCGGCCGCCGCCGCCGCCGCUGCUGCUGCUUCGAUUCAUCAUGGGCCUGGGACUGCUGCUGGCGCGAAGGGGUCGCCCAGUGCUGUUGCCGGGUCCGCGGCGCGUACACACGCUGCACGGCUGGGCGGUGCGGAGGCGUCUGGCGGCAGUCUGACGCGUGCAGGACGGCUCGCAGCGGACUUGCUGCAUGGCGGCUCCGAAGCCGACCCGCACCGGCUCCGGAGCCCCCAGCAAUCCGGUGGCAGCUGCGCCACACCGGUGGGCCUUUGGCGACCGAACUCGGAGUCCUGUCGGCCCGGAACAACGGAUAUGCAGUCACGAGGGCUCGACCUGGUACCGGCUGGCACGUCCCCUAGGGACAACGCCCGGCGUGAGGCGUCCUCACCGCUCGCCGGCCGCAGAUCCCUCCACAGCUCCACCUUCCGCCUGGGCUCCCAGGACCCCCUGCUGCCCGGUGCCGCGCUGCCCGGCGGCCCGGCGGCCACCCGCAGCAGCAGCAUGAUGCUGUCCGGCUCGCCCCGCGGCGGCGCCGGCGCAGAGGGGACCGGUCUAGAUGGCGAAACCGCCGAAUGCGUGGGCAUGAGCGCUGGAUCCCCGCGCGGCGACCCAGCUUGCAGCCCUGGCGGUGCCGACACGCAGCUGCAGGGGGACAGCACGGGGGAGCUCCGGCGGCCGGAGAGCAGGACGCUCCGGGGCCCCCUGGUGCGCAGCUUGCGCAGCCGCUCCUCCGUUCCUGGCACGAGUCCCAGUGCUGGCAUGCAGGUGACGGGGUCGGAGGAGCUGCUGCUGGGCGGCGGGGACCUGUCUUCGGAGCCCAGUCCGACCCUGGAGCCCUCACGCCGGGCCUCCGGGUCGCCCGGGUAUGUCCUGGGGAGGUCAGCUCGCAGUCAGUUGUCAAGCGGGGCUGGUUCUUCGUUGCUCAUGCUUCGGGUGCCUGACCCCAACCACCAGCUGUCGGGGUUUGAGGGCGAGCUGGCUGUAAACGGCGGCGGCGGGGGUCCCAGUGGCAAGGCCGGCCGUCGGGACGGUGCCGGUGCCGGCGCUGGUGUUAGCGGCUGGGACGAGGAAGCGCUCACCUCGCUGCUAAACUACGCGGGCCCUGACGCGCCGCCGCCACCGCUCGGCGUGCGCGGCAGCGGCGGGUUACGUCGUACCCUAUCCAGCUCCCCUCGAGGCGGCAUCAACCGUGACCGCGGGGGUUUGCUGGGCCCUAACGCCAACAGUACGGCAAGCCAGCCGCAGGCAAUGGCGGUAGACCUGCUGCCGCCGGUGCGGAAGUGUGCGGUGAACGUGAAGGAUCUCAGCCUGGGUAAUGUGUCGACGGCGCAGAAUCCCGAGCUGCCGCAUGUGCCGCCGCAUCACCACUACCUCCGACACAUGACGUUACACCCGCCGACUGGGGAAUCUGGAGGCGGAGGAGGAGGAGAUGCCUGGGGCUCCCCGACCGGCCGCCGGGGAGGCGCGUUCGCAUCCGCGGGCCUCAACCUACACGUCGCCGGCGGCGCUAUAUCGCCGCCACCUCGAGCAGUACGUUGGGAGGGUCACGGCAAGCUGCUGUCGGUCGUCGGCAGCAUCCACCAUCACCACCAACACAAUAACCACAACAACAGCAACAACCACAUCACCAGCAACAACUUCUUUAUCGGUAACGGCAGUAAUGGCGGUGGCGGUGGCGGUACAAACUCAUCAUCCUUCGGAGGUAACGGAAACGGACCCAUGGGUCAGUCGCAUGCCUCAGUGCCGACCUCCAGCAGCAUUGCCAGCCGUUCGAGUGCGGUCGCGACGGCGCAAUCGUUACGGACGUCGGUUAUGUUGUUCGACAUGCCACCGGGCGCUUCGGGGCCGUCUCAUGGCGGCGCGAUGCCGCAGCACCGGCCCAUGAUGCUCAGCAGCAACUCCACGGCACCCAGCAGCCAGCUGGGUCCGGGGCCGUUGGGUCAUGGGUUGCCUAACCCGUCCGGCAACAACGGGUUCAGCGGGCGGCGGUUCUCAUCCCACCCAUCUGGCCCCUCAAGGGUCGCUGCCACCAUCACAACCAUCGGAGAGGACGCCCUCACCGUUACCUCCUCCACCCAGGCCACCUCGCGGCACUCCCCGCCCCCUCGAGGCAGCCACUCGCAACCCCUGCCAUCCCUCCCAUUCCAGUCGCAACCAUCACAGACCCUCAAACCCCUCACCCUCACUUUCAAACCGCCGCCAGGUGUUGCUGCUUCUGCGGUCCCAGCCGCGACCGCAACCCUGAUGCAGGAAAGCAACAACAACAACAACAUCAACCACAUGGGCAAGAGUUCUGGCAGUCAAGGCAGCGGCGACGGAAGCAGCAGCGCCGCCGCUGCUACUGCGUCUGGUGGCGGCGGGAGCAGCGGUGCGGCCAGCAGCAACAGCAGCAGCAGCAGCGGAGGCGGCGCCGCGAACAGCUCGUCCUUCGCACCCUCCGCCUCCACUGCGCCCUCCGGCCCCAGCGUGCCGCAUCCCAGGAACCUUCCUCACCUGGGUGGCGGCGACCCGGGACCGACACCCCUGCAGGCAGUCGGUCCGCCGCAUCUGCUGGCGGCCAGCAUCAACCUGGUGCCGCUGCAGGCACGCAACACACGCGGCGUGUCUGAAUCCUUUCUACCGCAGCUGCGAAUCGUGGCGGCGCAGUCGAGCGCGACAUUACAGCAGCAGCGACAACAGCAGCAGCAACUUCCGCCGCCGCCGCCACCACAGCAGCAAAUACAACAACAGCAUAGUGAGCCAUCGCCGCCGUUGCAGCAACAGCAGCAGGCUCAAUCCGAGCAGCAGCAGCAGCCCCAGUCGCAGUCGCAGUCGACACAGCGGCAGCAACAGCAGGGGUCGCCGCUCCGGGUGGCUGCUGGGAGACGACAGAGCACGGUGUCAGGGAUGAGCGUCAUAUCUGUGGUGGUUGUGGACAGCUCACCUUCGUCGCCGGUACGACGGAAAGGCGACGCGGCGGGCGGCGAGACAGCGUUGGAGGGCGGUGGAGGCGUACCUUCCCAGCAACAGCAGCAGCAACAGUUGCAGCAAACACAGCAGCAGCAGCAGCUGCUGCCUCAGCUGUCAGCGCUUAUGGUGCUGGGACUGCCGCCCAACUUGCGAAAACAGCAGAAACGCAACCUGCCACGUUCGUUGAGACAGCAGCGCCUAGCGCGGGCAGUCACGCUUGCAUGAUAUUGGUAUUCCGUUAGGGCGCAUCCCAGCCGGUUUGCAUGCUAAAUUCUCACACGCACGGCAGCAGUCGCCCUAUGGUGCAGUGCAUGGAUGCCGCGAAUUGGGUAGGUGGUGGAUGCCUACAUGGCUGCAUGAGAGCGUUUUGGGGAGAUUGCUUGGGACUUACUUGCUUUGCAGGAUUGCAGCGCGGGGACGGGACCGGAGUUCUGGACAAUGUAUAUCAUGCGAGGAGGCCUGGUUUGGAUGUGGGAGUGCUGUUGCAGGGCAGAGCGGUAUGCGGUGUAAACGCGUGGCGUGGUUCCAAGCGGUCCAGUGUGAGGUUUGCCUUGUGUAGGUGCCUCAGCUGGUUGCUUGAGCCGUUGCCUGCUUCCGGCAUGGUGGGAUUCCGUAAUGCGUGCACAACAGACGUUUACGUUGGGCCACCAAGCAGCUUGAGCUUGUGUCACGCGGUUGCAUGCGGGGCCUGCCGGGCUGUGCUGUGCCGCUGGCCAUGCGGUAAGGCACAAGCAGGGUGCGGACGGCUGUGGCAGGGUGAGGACUGUACGAACGUGGAACUAGCAUGCAUUAAUUGCAGCGUGCGUUGCAUGGGCAUGGGUCCUUGAGACCCAUUGCCCAGUCCUCAUCUCGCCCUAUGGUGAUUAGGAUUGUAGGGGCGAGGUGGAGCACUAGCACUGAAAUAGCAAACGUUGCUUUGCGACAGAACUUAGAACCGGUGCCUGCCUGCAAUGAUGUUGCCAACUGUGUGGCGGACCCGGGAAACGCAGGAUUGUGCAGGAUACGGAGAUUGAGGACGUUUAGUGGACUUGUGCAGUACAGUUGUAGCAUUAACAGUAACUUUAUAGCCGUUCUUACGGUUGCCUGGGCGUGCGUGGAUACAUAUACAGUUGGGGUUUGCGGUUACGGGUGCUUGUACGGCCGCCAUCGCGGUUACGCACGCUCGGUUACUUGCUUUGGGCUGCAGGCUGUGUGUGUUGUGCUGCAACUCCUCGCCAAACUAUGAAUCAGCGUGCUAUUUAUUGCGAAUGAAGACUACCGUAGGUUUUAGUUUUUGGUACACUACUGCAGGCUGUGAUUCGUUUACAGACUGUGAGAUAUUCUUUGUAUGUGGUAGGGCGUUGCUUAAGUGCGCGCCUGAAGCGCUUUUAUGUGCACUUUACACAAUCCUUGUUCCUAAUAGAUACACCUGUAAAUCCGCCGGAUGUGUACGGAUCCUCACGCCAGGAGGCAGGUUGGGCUUGCACUCAGGCGGGCUGCCAGAAUCAAUGCGCCCUGGUCAGCAGCCG